GCAAUGGAUCAGUUAAUAAUGUCUACGUGUUUUUUUUCAAUUACUGAAUUGAUUUGGGAUUAGUUUGUGAUCAAUCCUGACAAUAGAUUGUAUCUAAAUCCACUGGAUCAAUACGCUUCAGCGAAGGCACUCUAGACUGGCACCGCACAAUAUUUCUACGGAUAUUGAACACAUAGGUAUAAUACUGAGGCCACAUUCAGGCCCCAUGCUCUAGUUCGAAGGAACACAAGUGCCACGUAUGGCGUUACGUCUCGACAUGUACCUUCUGACAUUAGCGGUACUGACAUUUGUGCAAUGUACCAACUCCACGGGAAUCAGUUUGAAAAAACUUUCCUACCGUAGGUCUGCUUAUGGAAAAACUGCGGAUGACUUCAUCGUGAGAUCGGAAAUACUGCCGAGCAAAUUAGCCUGUAUUUGCUUAUGUGACGUCGAGAAGGGAGCUGUAACCAGUGUGUUUUCAGCGUUAACAGGAAAAUGCACAUGUCAUUCUGCUCUGCCUGAGGACAUGACGUUAACAGACGCCCCAGGCUCCAGUCUGUAUAGUUCAGCGUGCGCGGCGACAUCAGGCUACACUUUCGACAACGAGGCGUAUUUCUGUUACAAGGUCCACACCACCAGAGUGCUGUGGGAGGAGGCACGCGAUGUAUGCCACAGCGAGGGGGGAGAGCUAGCCAAGGUGGACACAACUGCUAAACGGAAUAUCGUCAACCGCAUUGUGGCAGAAGGCAAGACGCACCGCAUACAUUGUGUUUCUAAUUUGUUCCUUUUAAAUGGUACCAGAGAGUACUUCCUAGGCGGCAUGGACGCGGAUCAAGACGGGGAGUGGAGGUGGCUGUCGGACAACUCCCUGGUGGAAGGAUUCAACAAGGAAGGAAGCUCAGAAUGCUUAGAGAUCGAAUCGGAUCUGACGUUUGACGAUACUGGAUGCCGCGACGAGAAUCAGAGAUAUUUCUGUGAAAUUCUACUACCUUGA